GGAGAAUUGGCUUGUAUUUGGAAGUAAGAAAUAUAGGGCCACUCCCACAAUCCAGAUUCUCAGACUUCGAUGGAUUCUCAAACGCAACAGCUUCACUUUGUAUUGCUUCCUUUAAUGGCUCCUGGCCACAUGAUUCCCAUGGUAGACGUUGCCAGACUGUUGGCACAGCGCGGCGUUCUCGUCACCAUAGUCACAACACCCCUCAAUGCCGACCGAUUCAAAACAAUCAUCGCUCGUGCCACGGAAGCUGGACUUCAAAUUCGAGAAAUCCAACUCCAAUUUCCAUGUGUAGAAGUAGGUUUACCAGAAGGGUGCGAGAAUUUUGAUAUGCUCCCUUCAAUGUUCGCUGGAGGUAAAUUUUUAUACGCAUGUGGGAUGCUACAAGGGCCCGUAGAAAAAUUGUUAGAAGAGUCAAAACCCCAAGCAAGCUGCUUAAUUUCUGAUAGGUGUCUCCCAUGGGUGACUAAUGUAGCCCACAAGUUUCAUAUCCCAAAACUUCUUUUCCAUGCAUGUGGUUGCUUCCCGCUCUCUUGUAUGCACCACUUGCAGGUCUCCAGAGUCUUUGAUGAUAUUAAAUCCGAAUCAGGUCACUUUUUGGUGCCUGGCCUGCCUGACCCAAUUGAACUUACUAUAGCAGCGAUUACGGGCUGUGUCAAGACAAACCCAUCUGGCCCAAGAGAUUUGCGGGAUGACAUCAGAGAGGGUGAAGAAGCAUCAUAUGGGUUUGUGGUUAACACUUUCCAGGAGUUAGAGACAGAGUAUAUCAAAGAAUAUGCCAAGGCAACAGGUAAAAAAGUAUGGAGUAUUGGUCCUGUUUCACUCUGCAACAAAGAUAAUAUGGAUAUGGCCACAAGAGGUAACAAGUCUGCUAUCAAUGAAAACCAUUGCUUGAAUUGGCUCGACUCAUUCGAGCCAAGGUCUGUACUCUAUGCCUGUCUAGGAAGCCUAUCGCGCCUACCAACUUUGCAGAUGAUAGAGCUCGGGUUGGGUCUAGAGGCAUCAAACAAACCCUUCAUAUGGGUUCUCAGGCAUAAAUCGAAUGAUUUCGAGAAGUGGAUUGUGGAAGAAAAAUACGAGGAAAGGAUCAAAGGGAGAGGACUUUUGAUCCAUGGUUGGGCACCACAGGUACUGAUAUUGUCUCACCCUGCAAUUGGGGGGUUUUUAACUCAUUGUGGGUGGAACUCUAUUCUAGAAGGGGUGUCUGCUGGUGUGCCAAUGAUAACGUGGCCAAUGUUUUCGGAACAGUUUUUGAAUGAAAAAUUGAUUGUUCAAGUACUGGGGAUUGGAGUGAGGGUUGGUGUAGAGGUUGAAGUUAAUUUUGGGCAGGAAGAAGAGAUUGGAGUGUUGGUUGAGAAGAAUGUAGUUAAGAUGUGCGUUGAUGAGUUGAUGGGUGAAGAAGAGGAAGCUGAAGAGAGAAGGAAACGAGCUAGAGAGCUGGGAAGAAUGGCAAAGAUGGCAGUAGAAGAAGGAGGCUCUUCUCACACCAACAUGACACUUUUAAUCCAAGAUAUCCUGGAACAAUUAAACCAUGUUAGUGAUUUGAGUUAGUUUGUUAGUUGAGUUAGUUUAUUACUGGUUGUCAAUAAUGACCUAUUCCAUAGGUCUGCAUGUUUACCAUUUUCUUUCAGUUAGAAUUCCACGAUAUUAGGAAUUCUUGUUAGACGUGGAAUGUUUUUUUCUCAAAUUCUAUUUCUUAUGAGGCUAUUUAAUAGCCAUGUUUAUCUAAUAAUAAAUCAGUGAUUUUUCCCUCAAUUAUAUUACAUUCAGAUUGUUUGAGUCAUACUCGCAAGUAUGACUUCAGAGAGUUCUUUUAUACAACUAGCAGUACCAAAGUUUGAUGGGCACUAUGACCAUUGGGCCAUGCUCAUGAAAAAUUUUCUUCGAUUGAAAGAGUAUUGGGGACUGGUGGCCGACGGUGUUCUUGAAGUCGCAGAUGAAGCUAUCCUCACUAAUGCACAAAAGAAGCAGAGUGCCGAGCAGUAGCUCAAGGAUUUGAAGGCUAAGAACUACUUAUUUCAAGCAUUGGAUCGUUCCAUUUUGGAAUCUAUUCUCAACAAGGACACGACAUAGAACAUUUGGG